AUGAACGGCGUGGAGGAGACCUCGGUGAAGUGCGUGCUGGUGGGCGACUGCGCGGUGGGUAAGACGGCGCUGCUGGUGCGCUUCACCUCCGAGACGUUUCCUGACAGCUACAGACCCACCAUCUACGAGAACACGGGCGUGGACGUCUUCAUGGACGGGGUGCAGAUCAGCCUGGGCCUAUGGGACACGGCGGGGAACGACACGUUCCGCCAGAUCCGCCCCAUGUCCUACCAGCAGGCCGACGUGGUCCUGCUGUGCUACUCGGUGGCGAACCCGUCCACGCUGGCCAGCAUCCAGCAGAAAUGGAUGGCCGAGGUGCGUCACUACCUGCCCCGGGUGCCCGUGCUGGUGGUGGCCACACAGACGGACCACCGGGAGAUGGGGCCGUACCGCGAGCGCUGCACGUCUGCGGCGGAGGGCAAGCAGGUGGCUCAGGAGAUCCGAGCCAAGGGCUACCUGGAGUGCUCGGCGCUCAGCAACCGCGGCGUCCAACAAGUGUUCGAGUGCGCCGUGCGGACGGCCAUCAGCCAGGCUCGCAAACGCACGCGCCGGAGACUUUUCGACUUUAACCUCUGUCGGGUAUCCUAA